AUGGCUGCUGCUGCUGCAGCUGAGCGCUAUCCGCCGGAGGAGGCGAAGGGUGAAGAAGACGGCGAGGAGGAGGACGCGUUGGCGAAGAGCGUGAGGUUUAACGGACUUUUGCUGGCUGCUGAUGGGCGGCCGGAUUACGAGUCUCUUGCCGAGCCGCUGUCUAUGAAGGAGACUGAAGCAAUCUCAGUCUCCCUCGAACGUUCCCGCCGAAGCUGGCUUCUCGGCUCCCCCUUUGAGAAAUUCUGGAGCCGGCCCCAACGAGGUCGGAAGCACGCCGACGGCACAAACUCCAGAGACCUGAUGUCCAAGUUCCACGACUGCACGGCGAUCAUUGGACCUCAUAGCUUUGUGCUGCGGAUGUAUUCCGUCAAGGAUGAGAAUGAACCGAAAGUUCCAAAGGGGAAGAAAGCGUCGCUGGGGGGUGGACAGGUCGCGUCACCGGGUUAUGGAGCUCCGGUGACGCCGGGUUAUGCUACGCCGUCUAAUCAAACGCAGCCGGUUAACUCUCCUCAGAUACAGUCGUCGCCUCUUCGGCCGCCGGAAAAUCAAGCUACGCCCAGUGCGCCGAUGAAUGCUGGAGCGCCGAGCACAACCGCGGUAGCGGCGUCUGCUCCUCCGCCGACUCCAUCAGUUGCGCAGGAUACCUCUACAAAGCCAGAAACUACGACUUCUUCUACAGAAACUCCUCAGCCUUCAGGGUCUAUCAAUCAAUCCGCCGAAUCCGAGAGCGCGACCGAGAUCAAGGAGCCCUCUAAUCAAGAUACAGAGCCAAACCCACAGGAAUCACCUAACAAUACUGAAUCUAAUCCCGUACCGUCAGAACCAGAGUCAUCAACAAAUCCCGAGGAGCCACAGGCUGCAAGAGAGCCAGAGAAGGCGCAGGCGUCCGAGCAAGCGUCAGAACCAGCGCAAGAGCAAGCGGUAGAGAAGGCACCAGAGCCAAAGCCUGUGCCUACAGCGGAGACGAAAGUGUCGGAUUUGCAGUCAGAACCUGCUCCUGCUCCUGCUCCUGCUCCAGCGCCUGUGGCUGCCCAGACUUCAGAAAGUAUGCAGAAAGACAGUAACGAGACAAAAACAGAGACGUCUACAGCCCCUGAGUCUACGGAAAUGCCACCUCCUUCUGCUCCGGCACCGGCUCCAAAUACUUCCGUUGCAACGCAGCCCGCUGCUGGGCCGUCGUCUGCUGAAGCACAGGCUCCUCAGCAGGCUCCUCAGCAGGCUCCACAACAGCCACCCCAGCAGACCGCCCCGCAAGCUCCACCUCGACCACCUGCGCCUCCUCCCCCACGCCAUCCCAACGACGGACUUAUUGAGCGACUACAUGCGUUAGCAGCUGCGGACCCUCAGUUUGGCGAGCUCAUGAAAGUGGUUGCUUCUGGAAAAGCGAGCCCUGAAGAUAUCCGGAGGUUCCAGGUUUACAUCCAAGAACACCGCGAUGUGCAGCCGCUUCCCAGGCCUCUUUUGCCUGCUACCGCGUCACAUGGCCCGGUCGGUGCACCGUAUCGCCCGUACUCCUCGUCACCUUACCGACAGCCUGUGGCACGCACUCCUAUGAAACCAAAGCCGGAGCCAAAGAAGGUGGUGAAACUGCCCGAGCCGUUGAGGCCGCUGAAUAUAGUGUUUGAGUUUAGAGAGGUACCGAGCGCGCGGUAUGUGUUUCCAAAGAUGUCGUUGAUUGAUGAGCAGCCGGACGAGUCGCUUUCAGUCACGUUUUUUGCGCUGAGCGAGGGGCCUUCGUUGGACGGCAGCUCAGGAGGUGUGGCGGCGGAGGAAGUGCCGGCGACGGCUGAGAAGGGUUCAGCAAAGAAGCGGAAGAAAGAUGAGGCUGCUGAUGCUGCGGCUAGUAGCAAGAACGACGAAAUGCCGACGAAGCUCACGGCCGCAGAGAAAAAGGCAUUGAAAAAGAAAGAAAAAGAGGCAGGCGCGAGAGCAGAAAAGAAGAUCGAGCCAAAGUUCUACACUCCAAUCACGAUGACUCUACGCGGCAUCCCGGAGCGAGAGCGCAAGGUGUUUGCGAUUUCUAUGAAGCCGAGAACGGAGGUGCUGGAGUACAUGCGAAAGACGGCGUCGACUCUGAAGCACGCGAGGGAUUACUGGGUGUACUACCAGGUGAACGCGAAGGAUGCGGAGAUGAUUGAUAAGGUUGUUGAGCCGAUUGGAGUUAAUCAUCCGAGCAUGAAGAAGAGACCCUGGUCGUCAGCGAAGGAUAAGGAGAAGGAGAUGGACUACGAGACAAUCUACGUGAAGAGCCUGUGGUAG